AUGUACUUACUGUGCCGUCAAGGGGCAACAAACAAGGACGUCCAACAAGAACUCGUCAAGAACUACCAUGUGGAAUAUCAAGAGCUCACGGAUGACAAGAAGGCUGAGAUGUUGCUCGAGUACAGCAAGCACAAGGAGACACAAGCCAUGGGCAUCCAAAUCUUAAAAAGUCAAAGGUUAAUGAUGUCACCCAGACCCUCAAGGCCGUUGAGAACAAGAGCUGAGGCGAUCCUCUACAUAAUGUGUGGGUCUACGGGCCUCCCUCUUUGUGGUGUCACUUUUGCUACUGAAGGUGUGGACGAGUUUAUGGCGUCUGUAAUGAAUGUCGACAAUCAAGAUUUAAUUAGCAAGAUGGAAGGAUUUGCUAUCCAGGGCAUGAAAACGAUCUGCCAUGAAAUUCAGAAGGAACUUGUGGCAAUCACUAAGGACAAAAAUGUGAAGAUGCACUGGGUUAUAUCUAUUGAUGUAGGAUACUUCAGGGAUUAA